GGGCGCGAGCAGAGCGCACUUGUGUGUAGACGGGGAUCGUCCACACUUUGCACGCUGACUGAAGUUUUGGUUCAAGUUUAACUUCCAGAGUCUCCACUUUCCGGCUGGUGGAUCAUGUUCAGCGAAGAGAAAAGGGAAGACGUAAAAUAAAUCAUAAUAAAAAAGUCGGACUGGAUGUGACUCACACAAACUAUGCUCCUGAAUGUGACUCCUGAGUGAUAAACCGUGCGCUCCUCCGGGCUGUGGUGGAUGUAGGGUUGAGUCGGAAACCCACAACAUUUGUGCAACAGUUUCUUUCGGAGGAUCUAAUUCCUAAUCGUUGUGAUGGAGAGCCACAUGCUGCUGACAUGGACCCUGAUGUGUUUGCUCCUGCGACCAGUGGCGACCCAGAACCCCGCACCUGAAGGAGUGCUGAAUUGCUGCGAGGGUGAUGUCCUCUUCCUGGUGGAUUCCUCUGGGAGUGUGUCUUCCUACGAGCACUCCCGCAUGCUCCACUUCCUGUCUGAGCUCCUCCUCCCUUUCUCACUGGGGGAGGACCAGGUGAGGGUGGGACUUCUGCAGGUGGGCACUCAACCACGCAUUGAGUUUGGCUUUGACACCUUUGGCACCCAACGUGGCCUCCAGGAGGCUUUGAAGAACAUCAAACCCCUCAGAGGAGAUACAAACACUGUGGAGGCUCUGAGAAUGGCGAAGGAGUCGGUGCUGAGACCCGGAACAGCGAGCGGAGCCAGAGUAGGACUCCCACGAGUGCUGGUGUGGAUGACAGAUGGGGUAAAACCAGGGGAUGUGGUUGGACCAAUGGCUAGUCUGCAGGAGGAGGGUGUGGCUGUGCUGGUGGUCUCCACUGGGCACGGCAACUAUCAGGUGUUGAGACAGGUGGUGAGUCCACCUGUGGAAAAUCACCUUUACUUUGUGGACAUUGAUGAUAUGAGUAUCAUCACAGAGGACCUGCGGGAUGCCAUCAUUGAAAUAAUCCGAGCUGAGCGAAUCAACGUACGCGAUGUCUCCACCAACUCUGCCACACUCCAGUGGCGCCCUGUUCUGUCCGGUUUGCAGGGCUACUACGAGAUCCGCUUCGGUCCAGUUGCGACGGGGGGAACAGGAAGUAGCGGAGGAAGUGGGACUGGGACCAGUCCAAGCACGGGUGGUAGUCAUUACCAGAGAUUUGUCCAGGCUGCUGACUCCAGCAAUGCGAGACUAACAGGCCUGAAGCCUGACACCACCUACACAGCCACGCUGACCCCAGAGUCCAAUGAACAAGCAUUCAACACACUCUCUGUCACCUUCACAACACAGCCAGAGGUGCUGAGUCCGUCUACAGUAACCAUCUCCGAGUCUGGAGAAACCAGCGUUCGGGUGAGUUGGGGUCCUCUCCAGCCAGAAGUUGCAAGUUACUACAUCGAAUACUCGGCCCUACCCAGUGGGAAACUCCAUGCCAUCACAGUGGCCAGAACCCAAAACUCCACUCUACUCAGAGACCUCCAACCAGACACCACUUACCUGGUCACCGUUACUGCCCGGCAUGCCUCGGGCAAGGAGAAAGCCAUGUCUGUCAAAGUGUGUACUCAGGAAGUGACUCCUGCCCUGGAGGACCUCCAGCUGACCACAGUGGGGAGUAACUCAGUACAGGUGGACUGGAAGGGCAGCGUGCCUGGUCUGAGGGGCUACUGGGUCACCUGGGAGGGGCAGCACAGCUCUGACCCUGGCCACCGCUCCUCCUUCUAUUUGCCACCUGACUCUUUGUCAACACGCCUCACACACGUUCCCCCAUCAGCCAGAGUGUGUGUGUCACCCAUUUACAAGACGUCCCGCGGCGAGGGGCUGUGUUGUACGGCACAGUUUCAUUCAGAUGCAUUUGCAUAUGGCUACCAAUCAUAGCACCCUUGAACUGCCAGCGCACCUUACCAAACAUGGAGGGCUGAUGGCGAGAAGAAUGCUGACUUUCGUCCAUGACUCUUUUCCACGCCUCUCCCCUCUGUGGACAUUAUCCAGGAGAGAUGCGUGGUUUGGCUUACUGAGCACUCACUCGUGGAAGCCAAAGAUGCGUACUUCAGCACGCUCUGGGACAAUAUGGCUGCAUGUUGACUGCUAUAAUCUGCAACACAGAGGACUUACUUUUCCAUUUAUGUCAUCUAAUCUGGUUUACAUCUGUAGUCAGUGUAAUAUGCUUCUGUCUAAAGAUGCAAGUUUAGUAUUAAGAUAUGUCUUUAGUCUGUUUUGUGUAUAUAUAGCAGAACAUGCUGGGACUGUUGGAGAUCUUAUGUGGUUUGUUGUGAAGAAAGUCUGCUCCAUAUGUCUGCAAUCUGCAUUUCUCCCCCACCAAGUCCUGCUAAUGCUCAGAGAACAUCUGAUUUACAUUUAGAAAAAAAAAAAUAUAUAUAUAUAUAUAUAUAUAUAUAUAUACAUAUAUAUCUGACUUUAAUGACCUCUCAUUUUUAGUACAUGCUUGAUUGAGAGGCAUGUGUGUGCACACAGGAGACUUCAGCAUAUGGGUUCACAAAAGUAGAAUCUUCAGGAUUACUUUGAACAUUCUAGAAAUUCCAAACAGACCAGCCACAUGCCCUGAACUGAAGGAGAUGCUGCAUAUAAUACAGAUGCGAGUAAGUGAAACUAGUAUUGCAAUGGUCUCUGGACAUAGAUCCAUCAUUCAUAUUUAUUAAGUAAGAAUCAUGCAAUUAUGAGAAUUAAUAGCAAACAGUUUUUACAGACAUACUGUUUACAUUUUCAGACUGUUACCUUUUUUUUAAGCAAGUCUUUGCUGCCCUCUACUGAAAUGAUCCUCACAGGCUUGUACAUCUGAUCUUUCACUGUUUAUCCUCUCAGAGUAAAUGUGUUGUUUGUUGACCACUAUUGAAACUUAACAAGAGCUUAAAAUAAAGUCCUUUAAUAAUUUUGUCUAUACA